GGGUGGCCCUUGGUCAGCAAAUGUCAGGAGUGAUAGGCCUGUGGACAGGUGGGUGGCAGCUGGCAGGCUCCUGCAGAGUGAAUAGAGCCCCCCACCCUCCUGCCCCCUGGGACAGGUCCUGAACCAGACAGUGAACAUGGAGAAAAAGAUGCUGGAGAUGAUGCAAACAACUGAGAUGCUGGGAAAGCAGGUGCAGGAGCAGAACCACACACUGCGCCAGCUGCAUGGCCGCAACAGUGAUCUGGAGACUCAGCUGCAUGACCUGGAGGCUGAGCAACAAACCCAGCUGGCAGGACUCCAGGUUGAGAAGGAGCAGCUGUACCGGCUGUUGAGCCACCAGAGCAACACCCUUGCUGGCAUCCAGCAAAGUCUGUAUGCUUCCAGCAACAACUCCAGUCAGCUGUGGCAGAAGCAGGUCCAGCUCCUGGAGAACCUGCAGCGCCUCAUGCAGCUGGUGGAGCAGGGCCCAGAUGCAGCUGAGGAAGUAUUCCGGGACUGUGAGGACAUCCGUAGGUCUGGAGUCAAUCAGGAUGGUGUCUACACCAUCCACGUACCCAAUCUGGACGUGCCCAAGAGGGUGUUCUGUGUGAUGGACCCCGAUGGAGGAGCCUGGACCGUCAUCCAGCGUCGAGAGAAUGGCAAAGUGAAUUUCAACCGGAACUGGGAGGACUACAAGCAGGGCUUCGGAGACCCAGCUGGGGAGUACUGGCUGGGCAAUGAGGCGGUGCACCAACUCUCCAGCAGCACCAUCUACUCUCUGCGUGUGGAGCUGGAAGACUGGGGUGGCAGCACAAGCCAAGAAAACUUCAAGCAUUUCCAGCUGGGCAGCAAGGAGGAAUAUUACAAGAUUUUUGUGAAUGGGUACAGCGGCAUAAUGCAGGAACUGGGCCAGGUGAUCCUGUGGAACAACAGCUUCAGCACCCGUGACGCAGACCAUGACAACUGUGGCUGCAACUGCGCGGCGAUAAUGUCUGGAGGGUGGUGGUUUGAUGCCUGUGGCGGCUCCAACCUCAAUGGCAUCUACUACCCGGCCGGGCAGCACUUGCACAAGAUGAAUGGCAUCCGCUGGAACUUCUUCCGGGGCACCACAUACUCACUUCGUGCCUCCCGCAUGAUGAUGCGGCCCUUGCUCAGCUAGCCUGUGCUGUGCAGGAGCUGGGCCGUGCAGGAGCUGGGCUUUGCCACCCAACACCCAGGAUUCAGCACAGAACACAGCACCUAAGGCUCAUCCUGACAUCCGGGGAUGUGUGAGCCGGCCUGCCCUGCCCCACGUCUGGAAGAGUCACCUGCCUCCCUGCUCCCCUGGAUGGGUGGGCAGGUAGCUGGCUGACCAGUGCUGGAAGUUCAGGUCCUCAGAAAUAAGUGGAUUCUGUUUUUAAAACAAAGCAACCUCAUACGGUUUUAUCAGGAACACAGGAAGUCCACUCCCGGUCCAUCUGGUCUUUGGGGAUAUUGGUAACAGUGGCACAGGAACUUGGGCUCGAGCUGUGCUCUUCCUGAAGACCUUGAGAGUCCUGGGGUGCCUUGCUCGCAGUGCCUGCCCCCUGACCUCGCUCCCUCAUGCCUCCUCCUGGGCCUCCCUCCACAGGGAGGGUCUCCA